UUUUUCUGACUUGAUCCCAUCAAGCUAGCGAUCGAAGAUGAAUAUUGGAUCAAUGCACUCAGAUGAGGAUGACUUCUACCUUCCCCUCUGGCCGACUUCCUCUACUACUUUAUCAGCUCCUUCGUUUACUUCUCAGUCUGGCAACUCUGGUACCAUAGGGCUCUUUAAUGAUCAAUUGAUUACAGCUGACUCAAGCUUCCAAACCCUAGACGUUCCAUCUCUACCAAUGCAUUCGCAAUAUCAUACUACUGCCGAGGUUCAUAAUGCAGAGGAUUUUAAUUUUCUCAGAAACGUUUCUGAAUUAGAUCCUCAACUUAUGAUGCCUGAAUUAUCCGACGAGUACCCAUCUUUAUGGCCUGAAGUUCCACCGACACUUCGCCAAUAUUACGUACAGGAAAUGCCAAACGAAAAUCCCCAAGAAAUCCGGCCUGACUUUUCGUUUUCAACUUAUACAUUUCCGGAGGAAAAUGUUGAGGGUUGGAUGGGUACUGAAGAUCAAAAUAUUAAUAAUGGAGCUACAAAUUAUUGUCUCAGCAAUAUUCUUGAAGGGAACCCAGCUAGUUCCUAUAAUGGUAUUAGCGCAUCAGAGAAUCAUGCUGCAGGCAGUAGUAAUCAAACUGGCAAAACAUCAGUACAGCUUCCUGAUAAUCAUAUUCAUGUCGAUCGUCGUAGGGGAUUCCGUAAGAAGCCCAAGCGCUCACUUGGUGAGAGAGGCUCAAUCUACCGUGGAGUUAGUAGAUACACUGGACGUUUUGAAGCAUUUCUGUGGGAUAACACUAACCCAGGAGAAAAACCAAAGACAGUUUAUGUUGGUGGUUUUGAUAACGAAAAGGAAGCGGCUAGGGCUUAUGAUUUGGCUGCUAUCAAGUUAUGGGGCGAGGCUGCACCAACAAAUUUUUCUGUAUGUUGAUCAUGAUCUAAUUACCACCUGGCCACUAUGUAUUAAUUUACGUUUUCCUUUUAAUAAUUAAUUGGCUGUGCAUAUUGUCAUAGCUGAGUGACUACAAGAAGGAAAUGGAGGAGAUGAAGUACAUGACAAAGAAAGAAUAUUUGCUUAGCAUUAGAAGGUGAGAGAUCGAGACUAAUUUUAAUCAAUAAAAGUCAUGCGAUCGAGCGACUUGGAGUACUUUAG